AUGCAAAUAGAAAAGACUUCACAGAUUCAAAAACUAAAAAAUACAUUUCCAUGGGUGAUCUACUACGGAAUUGCAACCGUAAACUUUUCCAUGUCAGUUUAUUUAGAUUUUUGUUCUGCUGUUCCAUUUAGCAUGAUUACCAAUCCCUCAUUCAUUUUUCUAAUACUUACAACAUUCGUGUUUUUUUCUGUGUAUAUUCAAUCUCCCCCUUCUAUUAUAGCACAUACUAGACCAAUUAACAAUAUAAUUGUGAGUAAAUUGCUAAGUAUUAUAGCAAUAUGCGAUGUAAUAAUUCUAUCAAUUAUUUCACACUUAUGCAUAACAGGGAAGUAUUACAGUAUUCUAUUCUUUGCAAGUUUAUUAGUACAAAUAGGAAUAUAUUCUGAGUAUUUGCUAAAAUUAAUUGUACCAUACUUACCAAGACUUCCAGUGGAGAAUUACAUUCUGUCAAUAUCAAUAGAAAUGGAAAUGGACGAGAGAGAUUCAGUAUUUUAUGACUUUCACUUCUUAUUCUAUGUGUUUAAUUUUUUAUUCAUAUUCUGCAGCUCCUUACUUGUAUUUCUUUCAGUCUGUCCAAUGGAUGCUCCUAUUUCAUCAUUUAUAUUUAAGAAUUUAUACUGUUUAUUCACUUAUUACUGUUUAUUAUACAUAUUUAUGUCCGCCUGUGUAAUUGCAUUUUAUUUAAAAAUUAAUUCUGGUUCACAGAAGUGCUAUCGGCUGGUAUCCAAAUUGAUUCUAAAAAAUAUUGGUGUAAUAAUAUUUAUGGCAGGGAUAAAUUUAAUUUCUGCAGUGGGAGAGGUGUUUUUUAACGUAUUAAGUGGAAUAUCUAUAAUAAGGAGUAUACUAGAAGACAUUGGCAGCAAAUAUUUUAUGAAUAUAAUAUUUUAUAGAAAAGUAGGAAUAGCACCAAUUGUUGUUAUUUCUACGAUUUUAGAGAAAGAACCUGAUGAGGUGGUUGAAUUUAUAAAGGAAGUAGAAGCAAUGGGUGAUUACCCAUAUAUAAGCUCAUUUAGUACUACACACAGCGGCAGAACAACAGCGAGGACAUCUUUAUCUAUUAUAACAAUUGUUUUGUUUCCAUUGCUUAUGACUAUUCUUAUUACAUCAUUAAAAAUACAUGAGUUUUAUGUCCACGCAAAAUUGAUUAUUUCUCUCUGUUGGGCUGUGUACUGUACUGCGUGUAUUUGGUAUAUUUAUUCAGAGUCUUUAUACUAUGCAGCUCUUUUGUCAAAUAUUCAAGGGAGUCCACAGGGGAAGAAGUGGAUUAAUGCGUAUCUUAAUACACUGUAAAUACAGACAAAUCAUUAUAAUAAGAAUAAUUUAAAUACAUUAGAUAACCUAUGCAUACUAA